AGGCGCAUAAAGGUGAAGAUUUUGAUAGCUGAAACACCGGAGCAAAAAGAACUACGUCAUUUUUAAUUAAUUGUGGGUUUUGGAGGGUGUCAACAAGGGCGAAGAGCAGAAGAGAAAAUGGGAAUACAAGGUCUUUUACCUCUCUUGAAAUCAAUAAUGGUACCAAUCCAUAUUAAGGAAUUAGAGGGCUGUUCUGUUGCGGUUGAUACCUAUUCUUGGCUUCACAAAGGUGCCUUGUCUUGCAGCACUCAGCUUUGCAAAGGAUUACCCACUUCCAGGCACAUUGAGUAUUGCAUGCACAGAGUAAAUUUGCUGCGGCAUUAUGGUGUCAAGCCAAUUUUAGUCUUUGAUGGAGGUCUUCUGCCAAUGAAGAUUGAACAAGAGAACAAACGUGCAAGGACAAGGAAAGAGAACCUUGUGCGUGCUAUUGAGCAUGAGUCAAAUGGAAAUUCUGCAGCUGCUUAUGAGUGCUAUCAGAAGGCUGUUGAUAUUUCCCCUUCAAUUGCACACGAACUAAUCCAGGUCUUAAGGCAGGAAAAUGUAUCAUAUGUCGUGGCUCCUUACGAGGCAGAUGCCCAAAUGACCUUCUUGUCGGUUUGCAAACAAGUGGAUGCAGUUAUCACUGAGGACUCUGAUCUAAUACCUUUUGGAUGUCAUCGAAUUAUUUUCAAAAUGGACAAGUAUGGGCAAGGAGUUGAGUUUCAGAAUUCCAGGCUUCAAAAGAACAAGGAUAUAAGUUUUGUGGGUUUCACAAAUGACAUGCUUCUUGAGAUGUGCAUUUUCAGUGGUUGUGACUAUCAACAAUCAUUACCAGGAAUGGGACUGAAAAGGGCACAUGCAUUAAUUACAAAGUUCAAAAGCUAUGACAAGGUGAUCAAACAUUUGAGAUAUAGCACAGUGUCUGUUCCUCCACUUUAUGAAGAAUCAUUCAAGAAAGCAAUAUUGACUUUCAGGCAUCAACGUGUUUAUGAUCCUACUAUGAAAGAUAUUGUACAUUUGUCUGACCUGCCUGACAAUAUUGGCAAUGAUUUGGAAUUUUUGGGCCCAUUGAUACCGCAACAGAUAGCUACAGGUAUAGCAAAAGGGGAUCUGGAUCCGUUUACUCAAAUGCCAUUCCAGUUACAGGGAGAAAGUAGCAGUUCUGUGCUGGUACCUAAUGUAACUACCAAAUGCAAAAAUUAUAAACUGGAAAGUGGAAAGAAAAAGCUAGAUUUGCCUGUCCAGAAGAAUCUGCUGACUAAGUACUUCUGCUUUUCAUCUCUGGAAGCAAAGAGAAACUUCAGAGCACCUCAGUUGUCACCUACAAGUCCAAGUCUGGUGAUUCACACUUCUUCGAGUCCCAGCGAUAAUGGUAGUGAGGAGCCUGGUUCUUGUAAUACCAGCUGCUCUUCAGCAUCCUUAGUUGUCUCUAAGAGUGACAGAAACAAACUCCACGGCAACAAUGUGGAAAGUUGUUUUCCAGAUGGAGUUCAUGAGUUUAUGGAGUCUCCAAGUCCCAGCAAGGUGGAUGUGAAGGGGCCUCCUGAAAGUAUUUUGCUACAACAAAUUGGUCAUUCAAUGCGUGGACCUUGUCAAGCAUUGCUGAAGGAGUGUAAUAAUGAGAACGCUCCAAUUUCUGUUGAGGGGAAAACAAGAACAGAGAACAAAAGGGUCAUUGUUAGGAGUCGUUUCUUCCAGCACAAGUCAAUGAACAAGAAUGGCCAAGACAAUAAACAAGAAAUGAUCAGAGUCAAGGAUGAUGUUGCCAGUGAUACGUUUGAAGAUAGCAUCCUUGAGGGAUCUGAACAUGGAAGAACAGGGGACAGAGAGAUCACUAUAAGAAGCUCUUUUUUCCAGCACAAGUCAGUUAAUGAGAAUGAUCAAGGCAAUAAACAAGAAAAGCUCUUAGAAAGGGAUGAUUCAGCCAACAAUAUUUAUAAAGAUUUCAUUCUUGAGAGCCCUUCUGACAAUAAAUGUUCAAAUGGCAUCAUGAUGAAAAGAAAGACAUCCCCAGAUGACAAUGUUCAAAGAAACAUGGAAGUGAAGCACAUGCGCACAGAUGCAUCUCUUCCUGAUGAUGGUAUGUCUUAUUUAUGAGAUUGCUUUCCAGAAUUCAUUCUGAAAAUAACUUUUUGUGCAUUGAAAUGAAAUCCAAUAUGGAUUUGCACAGUAAUAUUAUGGUAGGCAUGGGCACAGUAGUAUAAUGGUAUGCAAUAUCAAGAUGUCAUUCAAACACAGACCUACUUAAACUAGGCAUCUGACCAAAUAUCAAUUGGAAUCAAGAAACAAAUUGAUCAUAUCCAUUUGUUCUUUUUGAAAUCUCGGAUGAAUUAGACUUCAAGUUAGUUUACUCUACCAUGGAAAGUACAAUUUUUUGAGCAAGACACCUUUCUUUUUCAUUAAACUGUCAAUUGAUUACUUACCAAGCUUAUCAAACUAAUUAUAUGCCUUGUAUUAAUUUUUAGGUCAACAUGUGAUAGCUACUUUCCUCUCCCAUAACUGCAAUUGUUAUAUUUAAACUGUCAUCAUCAUAUAAUGCUCUGUUUUGAUUUUGGAAGCUUAAUAUGGCUUCUUAACACUCAUUGAGGCAUAUUGAAUGAAGCACGCAUACACACUAUGAUUUUGUCCAUACCUGAUGCGGUAUAAAGGGUCAAGGUAUUCAGAUAUAAUUGCCUGGAAGUUAUUUUAUACUUUUACGGGUAAAUUUAUUUAAUUUAAUAAUCAAGUCUUUGUUGUGCCAAAUGACGUGUUAAUAUAUACUGUAGUGAUUGACACCACACCUCACCUCUUUUCCAAUUCCAGUCCUCAGAACAAUACACAUAAUGAAAAAUAAUGAUUCACAGUCAGACAUAUUUAGUGCAUGAAUGAGAUGUAUCUUCAUGUAAAGACUUUUGAAUUGUGACUUUUUAGGCAUAAAAGAUGAACCUGUAUGCAUUGGGUUAGGUGUUGAAUAUACAUCAACCAUUUGUUCAUUCUCUAAAAGUAACAAUUUUUUAACACAAAAGAAAACAUUUCAUGUUCAUUUCUUUCCUUUCCUUUUUUUU